AUGUUCCGGUGUUCCCGAUUUUGUGUUGUCCCGAAACGUUUUUUCGCUACCGCCGCUAAAGAAGAGAAGAUUGUCGAGGAAGUAGCCCAAACUACGGUAGACGCUGGUAAAGAGCUGGAGGACCGUGUAGCCCGCAUGUUGAAGAAGCGUGGACACCUGAACAUCAAAAAGAACCAGCGCAUGAAGGACCGGAACGGAAAUUGGUCGGAGUUCGAUAUUGUCUAUGGAUGGCCGAUCCGCCACUAUGUAGAGUGCAAGAACUAUUCACACCCAGUAAAAUUGGAGAUGGUAGCCAAGUUCAAGGAGGUGCUACGCCUACACCGCAUUCCGAAGUCUCGUGGAAUGUUUAUUACCACGUCGACAUACACCCCCCGAGCAACGACUAUCGGAAUUAACUGUAUUGACGGUGCUGGGUUGGAGCGCUUGGAGAAAACGGCGACGACGGCGCUUCUGAUCAAGUCCUGCAUCGUUCUGGCGUGCUGCUUUGGAGUGACGCAGAGCAAUUCCCCCAAGAUCCAGAAAUGGAGAGAGGAGAUCAGCAAGAAGAGCCAGGAAGUCUCGAAGCAGAAGAGCAGCGAGAUGGCUGUGGCGGUUGAGAAGGCAAAGCAGAAGAGCGAAGAGAUUCUGGAGGCCACGAAGCAGAAGAGCUCGGAGGUCGUCGAGAAGAUGGAGGUGAUGGAAAAGGCAAAGCAGAAGAGUAGCGAGAUUCUGGAGGCCACCAUUCAAAAGGACGUCUGCAACGGCGGUGGAAUUGGCGAAACAGAAGAGAGCAGAGUUUAG